CCGAAGUUAGACUUUCUAAACUGUCAGCUCCCACAUCUCUUCACCAUCACCCCGCCACAGAGGCCGAGUCUCGUGCAGACAUGGAAAAAACUCAAACAACUCUGUCUUUGCCACGUCGCGAUGUUGUGUUCAGCCGUAAGCUUAGCGUGCUUUGAUCCUAAUCAUGCAUACAAAGGUGGAUGA